UAUUAUUUUGAAAUCUAAAUUAACCUUCUGCCGUCGUUUAGUCUUGUCGACUUUUGCGCGAACUGCGCUUAUAUGGACGCGUUCGUGUGCGUACAGACAUUGGUUACCUUCAUCAUGGAUACGGUUUGGGGAAAUGUCUGUCCGUUGCAGCAGCAGGGAGUCAUUAUACUAAGCUACUUAAAGCGGGUGCCGUCCACGAAUUCAUCUCAUUCCAGUUCAGGUCGGUGCUUUAAGGGCCGAACAAUGAACCAAAACACCGACUUGGUUCCUCAGAGGAUACUAAUGUGGGAACUAGAUGGACAAAUGGCGCGCAUGGAGAAAGCGAUACAGGAUCGGCUGGGUCAGCAACACAAACCAGGUAGUCUUACAGUUUCAUACGAUUGGUUGACAGAUGAUUUUUCAAAUCGUAAGAAAUAUAGAAUCCAUCCGGAUAAUCGGUUGCAGAUAGAAAAUCUGUGUUCUCUAAUCCAUCCUAACUAUGUAGAUAGGGUUACACGCAGAUUUCGAGAUGUUAUACGUCGAGAACCGAGCCUACACGAACUUCCAGGGCUAUUCAAGGCUUGUUUGAAGUAUGUCUUAAGUGUGCAAAAGAUUGAAAAGCAAAAAUCCGAGAUAUCAUUCUGGAUGAAACAGCAUAGAUCCGUCGGGAGUAUGUCGACAGGAAAGAACAGCAGAGUAGUUUCAAUACAAGAUACGAACUUACAAGAUGAAUUGUUUUCUGCAAAAGAGAGGAAAUCCGUCCGAUUUUCAAUGAAGAAAACCAGAAGCGAAUCUCAUCGUUCAGUAUUCGAUGAUGUUUUGGUGUUCACGAAUGAACAAUACAUGCCGGGUUUGCUAACUAAAUGUCAUUCGUCCUCAAGUCGGACAGACAACUUGUGUCGAGCAGACAACUUGCCAUUGACACUAGAAACUGACGUUAGUGUAGCGUCAAUAUUGCGGAAGCAAUCCACGCCAACAUCAGUGAAAGAAGCCUGGAGUGAAGAAUUAGACCCGUCCACAGAUGAUGCGUUGCACAGCGACAUUAAACGUCGCAAACAUCCUGAUAAAUAUGUAAUAUCACGUCGACCCAAAUCCGGAAAACCAAUGAAUGACGUUACAUUGGAAGAAAUUGAAAACCUCUAGCAAUGUACCGUAUAGUAUUUAGUAGGCCUAUGUCUUUUUGAAAUUCUCAGCCUAUGAGACGUUUUUAUUUCAAAGGUUAUUUUCAUAUGGAGAUAUUUGAUGUGCAAUUUAUUAACCUUUUACAUCCUUUUACCUGCAGUGUUUGAAUAGACUGCAACAGAUCCUGAGAAAUUGUGACAAUUAGGCCUAGUUGACGGAUAUUUCAAUAGAACAAUAAAGUGGGAGAAAACAACAUGAAUAAGUAAUUAUAUACCGUAUGUUCUCGGGUCCUACAGUCGGUAUGGCCGAAUAGUAAAUUACGCUGUGCUGCGGUAGGGCACUUAAAACUACUUGGAAUACUUCCCAAGAAGCGGAUGAGGUGGCACAUUGUGGAUGCCAUUGUCAGACCCGUAACCAUGAGGAUUAUAAAGUAGGUUCUAUGAAACCCAGAGGUCCAAGGGCGCAGAGAACCCUGGUGGAGUCCAGUGCAAUAGCUCAUGUGGUGUCAAAGGGAAAGGCCCUCUGGAUUUGAAGUAUCUAUAGCACGUAAAUUGCUAAUUUCAUAAUAAGUUUGAUGGUUAUAAUGAUGUAAUGGAAAUGAUGGUUUGGUUUUAUCAGAGAGUUCGCUCGUUACGGACAUUUUUGUGGAUUUAAUAACUAAAUUUUUGCAAAUAAUUCCUAAAAUGAGUAUAUUAAUUAAUUUCACUUGCUGAGGCUAAUUUGAAGUUCAGCUCAAGAAAAGAAGCUAAUUUUAGGGGGUCCGGCAUUCCCCCGGGAAAUUGUUGCUUUCUAGACGCCUGGAAAUAGCAUCUGAGGCGUUGUGGGUGAUCAAUUUUUUUUUCCUUUCUUUCUUUUUUAUUUAAUUUCCGAAGGGUGGGGGUCAAAAUCCGCCCCUGAGGGCAUGGAAAACGAGAAAUAAUGUGGCAAAUGAAGCUAUAUCAUCAUGUCAUUUUAUUUCAAAUUUACAAAUACAAACAUAAGUAGGUCCCUAUAUAAAAAAUACAUAAACGCCUCAACAGUUGUAGGAUUACCCAAAAGAGGGCAAUUCCCAAUCUGUUUCGGAGCUCUCCAGUACUGACCAAAGAAACAAACAUAUGUAGGCCUAACAGAUAUUUAAAGUUAAAAAGUUGAGUGAUUGAAGGAGAGAGAAAAAAAACAGGCAUUUUAUGUUUUCAAUGUAAGGUAAGAUAAUAUUUGUUCCAUGGAGUUGUUCAUUGUUAUAUUAUAGA